AAACUGGAUUGUAUUCACAUCUCUAGCGGCAGAAAAGUGUAGAAAAUUUUCAGGGGUUUUUAAAACGAAAAGUAAGAGGUUGCGUACAGUUAGAUUUGUGUGCCAUGGAUGCGAGCUUAGAGGAGAGCAUGGAUAGCGAUGGCGCCAGUUCGCCGAUUACCAAGACGGAGGCAACGGAAUCUCCGCCAGAAGCGGGUCUCAAUGGAAACGGCAGUGGUAGUGGUAGUACCAGCCAGGAGACCCCAAAUUAUGGCGUUGCUAUACUCAAGGAAAAACCCAGCGAGGCCCAUAGGAGCAAGCCCUUCAAUGCGUUUAGUGGUCGUCCCAUCGGGGAGCACACCGCCCAGCAGCAGGCGCUGCAGCAACAACAACUGCAGCAACAACAACAGCCACAGCAGCCGCAGCAACAAGCUCCUUCCGGAGCAAAUGGAGUCACAGGACCCCCGGAAAUCUGGGUGGAAACCAAGGCGGAGGACGGUCGCUCAUAUUAUUACCAUGCGGUAACUAGGGAAACCACUUGGUCUCGACCCGAUGGCCCCGCUGUCAAGAUAAUGACCCAGGCAGAGGUGGAGGAGAUGGCCAAGCGACCUGCCCAGGCCGCGAAAACGGAAGCCAAGGCAGGCGAGACGUCGGUCGAGAUUCCGCCAGUGUCGUCACAUCUUACCUCACAACCUCCGCCGCACCUGAUGAGCCAGCCACCACCCAAUGCGGCAGCACCGCUGCUUUCCCAGCCACCACCCAAUGUACGGCAACAGCCACCACCAAUGUUCCAGCCACCUGGAAUGCAGGCGCCUCCUGGGUUCGGACAGCCGCCGUUUUGUAUGCCACCUCCAACUUACGGAUUUCCUGGAGGACCGGCACCAGCUGGGGCACCUUGGGGCGUGGGCAUUCCGCCUUGGCAGCAACAGCAGCACAUGCAAGACAAGCCAGCCAAGUCGCUAAUCAUUAAGCCGGGUGUUAUCGAUCCGGCGGUUAUAGCGCGAGCAGCAGAGUGGUCAGAGCAUCGUGCUCCCGAUGGAAGACCGUACUAUUUCCACGCCGGUCGAGGAGAGAGUGUCUGGGAGAAACCGCAGGCGCUGAGGGACAUGGAGGCCGCUCGCAUGGCUGCCCACUCGGGCGUUGCGCCCGCUGUGGCAACAGCUCCGUCGGGACUACCACCACACUUGCUACCCAACCCUAUGAUGCAUAUGCCACCAGGAUCAGGGCCGCCGGGAUUUGAUCCGCAUGCUGCUUUUGCGGCUGCUGCUGCAGCAAUGAAAGCCAAUUCGGAAAACACUAAGGCUGCACAGGCAGCUGCUUUGGAGAAAGAGGCUAAAAAGGCGGCGGAGGAGAAGCGAAAAAAGGAGGAGGAGCAGAAGAAGGCUGCGGCAUCAGCCAAGCAAACGGACAAGAGUCGACCUGUGACAAGUACGCCCAUCGCUGGAACGCCAUGGUGUGUCGUAUGGACUGGAGAUUCCCGCGUCUUCUUUUACAAUCCGUCAACUAGGACUUCGGUUUGGGAUCGCCCCGAGGACUUGUUGAAUCGUGAGGACGUUGACAAAGCGGUAAACGAACGUCCGGAGCAACUGAAGACUCCGCAAGAGAAGUCGGCUGAAGCCGAACAGAAGUCCGGCGAGGAAGCAAAUCAAGAGCAGGCUAAAUCGCAAGUUCAAGCCCAGCAACUGGAUCAGGUGCAGAGGGUGGAUGCGGAUGAUGAUGACGACGACGAGGUUAUCAAGAUACGCACAGAGUCUGAGUCUAGUGUGGAAGAGGUGCCAACCAAACGAGUUCGAAUGAUUUCCAAGUCGAAGCGGGCAGAGGAUGCCGCCCUAGAGGCUGAGCAGCGGGCGGCCAAGGAGCGGGCCUUAGUACCACUAGAAAUGCGCGUCACCCAAUUCAAGGAAAUGCUUCGAGAGAAGGACGUAUCGGCUUUCAGCACUUGGGAGAAGGAGCUUCACAAGAUCGUGUUCGACCCGCGGUAUCUUCUGCUGACUUCGAAGGAACGCAAACAGGUAUUUGAAAAGUAUGUGAAGGAUCGGGCCGAGGAGGAGCGUAAGGAGAAGCGGAACAAGAUGCGCCAGAAGCGGGAGGACUUCCGCAGCCUAAUGGAAGAAGCCAGGCUGCACGGAAAAUCCUCAUUCUCGGAGUUUAGCCAGAGGAACGCCAAGGAUGAACGGUAUCGGGCCAUCGAGAAGGUUCGCGAACGAGAGAGUCUCUUCAACGAGUACAUCGUGGAGGUGCGGCGCCGCGAAAAGGAGGACAAGCUGUUGAAGAAAGAGCAGGUAGGCCUAGGGUAUGCUGGAGCCCCUUACCCCAUCACCUUACGUAUCUUGAUGUUUAAACAUAAAUGCAUAUCUUUAUAUAUAUAUUUAAUAACUUACCCGUAUGCCAAACGUAUUUACAUAAUGUGAUUGAUUUUCUGUUAACUCUUAAACCAUAAACAACGUGUGAAUCGAAACCGAAACAAACCAAACUGAAAAUGAAACCGAAUCCGAACCCUGACCGAAUGCAUUAUCCCUCAAUGUGUUGGGUUCCGGUGGUUUGCCACCCGAUACCUUAGCCACUAGCUAGCAGGUUACAGCACAAAUGCACCACCCAAAACACCAAAAUACACAAGAGCAACAGCAUCGAGAACCACCUGUACAACACUCUCGACGGUCUAUUCCGCCCGCCGUCUGCCAUCGCCGUCCACUGAUCUACUUGACCACGCACAUGUUUGCAAUCUGUGUGGUUGCCAAACUGAAAAUUACCUGAUAAUCGUUGGUGUGAUUUCCACUUCCCGAACUACGCCCCACGUCGCCCCUCUCGGAUGUUUUAUGCGAUGUGAUGUGAUGAAGAGGAUGUUGCGAUGAUGUGAUUGGCAUUGGGAUCAUGAUUGAUGAUGUUUGAAGUUCGCGAUGGGCUCUCGGAGGGAUGUCGCCGAGCAGGAAGCAGGCAGAAAGGGAUUGUUCCAGAGAUCCGGAGCGACUGCAGUUCGUGUGCAGGUGUCUGCGGCGCUAAGCAAACAGUAUGAAUAAUACUUAAUUUAAUUAACCCACUAUUUUCGUUUUGUUUACAAAUAAUGUACACACUCAGCAGUUUGUCACCUGACCGAGGCAAGCCGAAGGAACCGAACUCAGCCCCAUCCCCACCUGCACAGACCAAAGACGAACGAUAUUCUAAAGCUAUCUAAAGCCAAAAUAUCCAGAUCUUUGCUCUGGCAGGUCUAGGCAGCGGCCCAAGUCGCUGGAAGGCUCUCUGCCCCAUAUUCUUACCAUUUACCAUAUUUUUACUGUAGAUCUAUUGACUAUUGUACCCUUCGGCCGUGCUGAAGUCUGAACAUCAAGGCCUGCUUUUGUAUAGAGAAAUUAAUGGGUUAGGUGGUCCGUUCGUUAUAAUUUUUGCUUUCUCCUCUGCAUCUAUAAAAAAUGUUUGUAGCAAAAGAUAACAUAACAAAUAUUCGAUCUGGCCGUGUCCGUCGACGAGAUCUCUGAAACUAAAAAAGCUGGAAAUUUGAUAUUAGUUUUGGAUGAUUUUUGUCGAUGCCAAAACAUGAAAUUCGUAAAACUUGUACCCGUAAUCCACUCAGAUAGGUUAGGGAUAUCUGAUAAUGGAGGAAAUCGACUUGAUUUAAGAUGUCCAAAUUUGUUUUCUGUGUGUCGCUUGAGACAGACCCAAAUUCUCUACGCCAGCAGGACUUGAAUUAAUCCAACGUUCUUUUCCAGUUAAGUCUGAAAUCGCUAACCAAACCCGCUCUCUUUCAGGCACAAAUCGUGUAACUAUGUUCUAUAGCUUAAGAAAAAUAAGUCUAAGUCUUAAGUUAGGCAAUUAAGCAUAGAGUUUUAAGUGAAGCCGCAACAAUUCGAGACCCCUCUAAUUCGAUCUGUUUGUCGCAUUUCUCUUCUCUUCCGCAUGGCUGUCAUGUCAAUAUUACUUUCACAAACACUUUAAAACUCUAGAUCCGCAAGGACUUUCUGGAUAUGCUGCGAGAGCGUCACGACAUCGAGCGCCACACCAGGUGGUACGACAUCAAAAAGAAGUUUGAGUCGGAUCCACGCUACCGUAUGGUGGACUCCAUGUACCGGGAGGAGUACUUCGAGGAUUACCUGCACAUUAUGAAGGAGGAGAAGCGAAAGGAGCGGGAGAUGCGUGAGCAACGGGAACGGGAGCGACAUCGCGAACUUAAAUCUGAUCGGAAGGAGAAGGACAAGGAAAAGGACAAGGGUCGGAAGGAUCGAGGACGCAGCCGUUCGAAAGACAAGGACCGCGAGCACAAGUCAUCCAAAGAAAAGGAUAAAGACAAGGAGGAAAAAAGCAAGUCGGAGAAAAGCAAGAAACGAGAUACCACCCCAGAGGAGGGUGAACAUCGUGAAGAGUCAGAAAGGGAAGAACGAGCCGGCAGCGACGACAGCGAGGUGGCUCGCCAACGGGAGAACGAGGCUGAGCAAAAGCAGAAGGAACGCGAGAAGAAGCUAAGGGUAGAGCAGAGUAUAAGGGAACGAGAGAAGGAGGUGCAGCGAACCCUGGCCGGUCAUUUGAGGGAUCGGGACAAGGAGCGCGAGCAUCACAUGCGCGAGGAGUGCAUUGGUCACUUUACCGCUUUGCUGACAGAUCUGGUGCGAACGCCGGACUUCACGUGGAAGGAGGUCAAGCGACAAUUGCGGAAGGAUCAUCGCUGGGAACUAAUAGAAAGCCUUGAUCGCGAGGAUCGCGAGCGAAAAUUCAACGAGCACAUUGACAAUCUGAUGAAGAAGAAGAGGGAGCGAUUCCGCGAAAUGCUCGACGAGAUUAGCACUCUUCAGCUUACUAGCACUUGGAAAGAGAUUAAGAAGCUGAUCAAAGAAGAUCCGCGAUACCUAAAAUACAAUUCGGACAAGGGCGAGCGCGAGUUCCGGGACUACAUCAAAGAUAAAACGAUGACAGCGAAGACUUCUCUUCGGGAACUCCUGCAAGAGUGCAAAUUUAUUACUCACAAGAGCAGCGAUCUCAUCAAGGAAAAUCCAAACCAUCUCAAAGAGAUUCAGGACAUUUUGAAGAACGACAAGCGCUAUUUGGUGCUCGAUCACAUGGAGGAGGAGAGGAACACUAUUGUGCUCGGCUUUUUGGAGGAGCUCAACAAACGCGGCCCGCCGCCACCACCCACAGCAUCUGAGUCAACGCGCCGCAACAAGUAGAGUGGCAUUUUAAAUAAACUAAUCAAUUAAAUCAUAACAAUUAAAUUAUUAUACUAAGACGAAGUUCCGCAUCUUCGAAUAUUUUAAUUGAAUAAAAUACACACAUUAAAGCG